AUGUAAUAUUUUUGUCUACCCAGAUUUUCAAUGAUAAGCAUGCUGACUGGAAAUGGCUCCUUUGUGACUGAGUUUGUCCUUGCUGGUUUGACAGAUCGUCCAGAGCUCCAGCUGCCUCUCUUUUACCUGUUUCUAAUAAUCUACAUUGUCACAGUGGUGGGAAACUUUGGCUUGAUUAUCCUGAUUGUUCUCAAUCCUCACCUGUACACCCCCAUGUACUAUUUCCUCUUCAAUCUCUCCUUCAUUGAUCUUUGCUAUUCUUCUGUAUCCAGUCCCAAGAUGCUGAUGAACUUUGUCUUUGAGAAGAAUUCUAUCUCCUAUGAGGGGUGCAUGACUCAGCUGUUUUUCUUCCUCUUUUUUGUCAUCUCUGAAUGCUACAUGUUGACCUCAAUGGCCUAUGAUCGCUAUGUAGCCAUCUGUAAUCCACUGCUGUAUAAGGUCACCAUGUCCCCACAGGUCUGCUCAAUGCUAUCAUUUGCUUCUUAUGGGAUGGCAUUUGCUGGAGCCUCUGCCCACACAGGCUGCAUGCUCCGACUGACCUUCUGCAAUGCCAAUGUCAUCAACUUUUAUUUGUGCGACAUUCUGCCUCUCCUCCAACUUUCUUGCACCAGUACGUAUGUUAAUGAAGUCGUGGUUCUCAUAGUUGUGGGUAUUAACAUCACAGUCCCCAGUUUCACCAUCCUCAUUUCCUAUGUUUUCAUCCUUGCUAACAUUCUAAACAUCAAAUCCACACAAGGAAGAUCAAAAGCCUUCAGCACCUGUAGCUCUCACUUUAUGGCAAUUUCUCUGUUUUUUGGGUCAGGGGCAUUCAUGUAUCUUAAUCAUUCUGGGUCUAUGGAUCAGGGAAAAAUUUCUUCUGUUUUCUACACUAAUGUGGUUCCCAUGUUCAACCCUCUGAUCUACAGUUUGAGGAACAAAGAUGUCAAAAUAGCACUGAAGAAAGUUAGGAUGAAAGUUCACAGCAGAUUCAUAUCCUGA